AUGCAAUCCUUCAUCACCCUCUCUUUCCUCGCAGCGGCCACCGUCGUGCGUGCUCAAUACUCCUCGUCUUCGUCCGCCACGCCAACAUCAAGUGCGGUGACCCUCAUUCCUACGGGCAUUAGCUCGGGUUGCUCGUCUUUCUUGCAGUCGCUUGACAGCAACUCGACUCUCACGUCAUACGUUGCGCCGAUUGUCAAUGCAACGUCAGCGUUCAGCCCGUACGCAAAUAGCACGAAUGCUUCCAGUAACGCCGUGAACACCGUUCUCGGCUCACUCUGCGCGUCUUCGUCAACGUCCGAUGAUUCUGCAAUCCGUACCCAGCUCAGCUCUUUCUACAGCUCGUGCACAAACGAGCUCACUGGAUCGUCAUCCAACAAGGAUGUCAUUCGAAUUUACGAUGUCCUUUAUGCCAUUGUCCCGAUGAAAAAGGCCGUUUGUUCGAAGGAUGACAGCGGGAAUUACUGCGUCAACCAGAUCUCAUCAUCGGUUAGCUCCGCAUCAGCUCCGGGUGGUGGCACCUCCAAGUCCGUUACAUCUACAGGACAGAGUACCUAUGAACUCGUGCAGAACAACCUCUGGUCGUAUUCCGGUUCUCUCUCGAAGCGCGCCGAUAGCGAUGGUGCAGCUCUGAUCCCGAACACGACAACUUACCGAUCUUCGAACUUGCCGUUCCUCUUCCUUACGCCGAGCCUGUCCUCCGACAAACUUUGCGUCUCAUGCACACGCUCCGUUCUCUCAGCAUACAUGAACUUCGAGCAGUCCGUUCCUUACGCACUUGGUAUUGCAAACAGCCCCAUGCUUGGCGGCCAGCCUGAAUUGUACAGUGCCGUCAACAGCACGUGCGGUUCCAACUUCAUGAACGGUGCUGUCCAGGCCGCUGGUGGUUUGUCAGGUGGUAUCGUUGGCAGCGGAGCUCCACAUCUCACUCCCGAGGGCGGUAUGAUCACUGCGGCAGCUGCAGCCAUCCUUGGUCUUGUCGCUGUGCUGUAA